AUGAGUUUACAUCCUAGAACGCUGUUCCAUCCGUACCUUGGUUCAAGUGAUACUAUCACAGCAUGGAGAACCAACCAUAGCCCAACACCUUCACCUCUUCACUCACCAGUCUCACUGUCAUUUCCGUGGUUCCCUCCCAUCCAUGAUGAAGACCACAUGACUCAAAACUAUGUACUUAUCAUUAUGGUUGUCAUAGCUAGCACUGGUGGUGUAGUCAUGUUACUCGUCACCAUGUCCAAAAUCCUAAGGUACUAUAAAUCAAGGAGAUACUAUGUUAGCAGAAGAAACCCACCAAUACUAUUUGACAUUCGUGGAGAUUUUUCCUUUUCUAAUGAUGAGGAACGAGCCAUUGCACACCCCAUAUGGUUCAUCUCCACAGAGGGUCUCCAAGAAUCCAUCAUAGACUCCAUCACAGUUUGCAAAUACAGAAAAGAUGAAGGAUUGAUAGAAGGAACUGAGUGCCUUGUUUGCCUCAGUGAGUUUCAACAAGAAGAAAGUCUCAAACUUUUGCCAAAGUGCAGCCACGCUUUUCAUGUACCUUGCAUUGAUACAUGGUUGAGAUCACAUAAAAAUUGUCCCUUGUGCCGUGCCCCUAUUGUUCAUGAAGCUAGUGGCAUUGAACUAGUGAGAACCAUAGAGCCUGAUCCAAGUUUUUCUGAUCUGAAUGAAUAUAUAGAAGAAAGUGGAGUGAGGGUUGCUGUUGCAGCUGAAGAUCCCAGUGAAGAUCAUUGUAGCAAGAUUAGUUGCCACUCUUCAGUUCCAAUUGAUUCUGCUUCUGCUGUUACUGCACAUGAAUUUAGUUCUGUCUCGAUGGAUUCAUCUUCUGCUUCAAUAGUAUUUUGUGAUGCCUUGGAUUUAAAUUCUGAUAUAGAAAGUUCAGACUCAGACAUCAACUUGGUUAAAAAGAAUGUUUCAAUUUCAAGUAAGCAUGGCAGUGAGAGUUCAACAAACAAUGAGAAGCAUUUUUCGCUGAGAAGAUCUUUUUCACAUAACAGAAAAUUCAUAUUUUCCAGACAUAGCAGAAGCCAUAGUUCAACUCUUCCCCUGUAA